GCCAGUGUGUUUUGUGCCUCUUAAUGGAGCGUGCCGCCGACUUGUAGCAAGCAGCCGCUCUUCGUCGUGUUUCUCGUUACUCGCAACAGGCGGAGCGACAACCACGACUUAAGAGAUGGUCAUCGUUACACGAGGAGAUUACAUAUGGAUCGAACCAAUCUCAGGACGGGAAUUCGACGUCGCGAUCGGAGCGCGAGUAAUCUCGGCGGAAGGCAGACGCAUUCAAGUAAAGGACGACGACAACAAGGAACAAUGGCUGACGCCGGAGAGACGGAUAAAGGCCAUGCAUGCCACCUCGGUGCAAGGUGUCGAAGAUAUGAUCAGUUUAGGCGACCUCCAUGAGGCAGGCAUUCUGCGAAAUCUGCUAAUACGUUACAACGAGAAUCUCAUCUACACGUACACGGGCUCGAUCUUGGUCGCCGUCAAUCCGUACCAGAUACUGCCUAUUUAUACGGCGGAGCAAAUCAAACUGUACAAGGAUCGUAAAAUCGGCGAGCUGCCGCCGCACAUAUUUGCCAUCGGCGAUAACAGUUACGCGCACAUGAACCGAUACGGCCAGGAUCAGUGUAUAGUGAUCAGCGGCGAGAGCGGCGCGGGAAAGACAGAAAGUACGAAGUUAAUUCUGCAGUACCUGGCGGCGAUCAGCGGAAAGCACUCGUGGAUCGAACAGCAGAUUUUAGAAGCGAAUCCGAUACUCGAAGCCUUUGGCAACGCGAAAACCGUGAGAAACGACAACUCAUCCCGUUUCGGCAAAUACAUCGACAUCCACUUUAACGAUCAGGGCGUGAUAGAAGGCGCCAAGAUCGAGCAGUAUCUUUUGGAGAAGUCGCGAAUCGUGUAUCAGAGCUCGGACGAGAGGAACUAUCACAUCUUCUAUUGCAUGCUGGCCGGUCUCUCGAGAGAGGAGAAGCAGAAGCUCGAGCUCGAAGACGCGUCCACGUACAGAUAUCUCACAGGGGGAGGCAGCAUUACCUGCGAGGGACGUGAUGACGCGGCCGAAUUCGCCGACAUUAGAUCCGCCAUGAAAGUCCUCCUGUUCUCCGACGUGGAGAUCUGGGAGGUGCUCAAGUUGCUCGCGGCUCUGUUGCACAUGGGCAACAUAAAGUACAGAGCCACCGUCGUAGAUAAUUUAGACGCCACGGAGAUACCGGAGCAGACGAACGUGCAGAGGGUGGCGUAUUUAUUGGGAGUGCCGGUGCAGUCUUUGAUAGAUGCGCUUACCCGCAAAACUAUAUUCGCGCACGGUGAGACAGUGGUCUCUACGUUGUCGAGGGAGCAGUCGGUCGACAUCAGAGACGCGUUCGUGAAGGGCAUUUACGGUCGCUUAUUUGUACACAUUGUAAAGAAAAUCAACGAGGCCAUAUACAGGCCGAAGAACAACUCCCGGAGUGCUAUAGGCGUGCUGGAUAUCUUCGGCUUCGAGAACUUUAAUCACAACAGCUUCGAACAAUUCUGCAUCAAUUACGCCAACGAGAAUCUCCAGCAGUUCUUCGUUCAACACAUAUUCAAGCUGGAACAGGAAGAGUACAAUCACGAGGGCAUCAAUUGGCAGCACAUCGAGUUCGUCGACAAUCAAGACGCCUUGGAUCUGAUAGCCAUCAAACAGCUCAACAUCAUGGCGCUUAUUGACGAGGAAUCGAAAUUUCCGAAGGGCACGGAUCAGACAAUGUUGGCAAAGAUCCACAAGACUCACGGCAGUCAUCGGAAUUACUUGAAGCCGAAGUCGGACAUCAACACGUCCUUCGGUCUGAAUCACUUCGCGGGAGUGGUCUUUUACGACACGAGGAGCUUUCUCGAGAAGAACAGAGACACGUUCAGCGCGGACUUGUUGCAACUUAUUCACAUAUCGUCGAACAAGUUUCUGCAAACUUGUUUCGUCGAGGACAUCGGCAUGGGAUCGGAAACCAGAAAGAGAGCGCCCACGCUGUCGACGCAGUUCAAGAAGUCGCUGGACUCGCUGAUGAAGACUCUGUGCAGCUGCCAACCUUUCUUUAUAAGAUGCAUCAAGCCGAACGAAUACAAAAAGCCAAUGAUGUUCGAUCGGGGUCUCUGUUGCCGGCAAUUAAGAUACUCCGGUAUGAUGGAGACGAUUAGAAUUCGUCGAGCCGGUUAUCCCAUUCGCCAUUCUUUCCCCGAGUUUGUGGAGAGAUAUCGGUUUCUAAUCUCGGGCAUUCCACCUGCGCACAAGGUGGAAUGUCGUGCGGCAACGUCGAAGAUCUGCCACGCAGUGUUGGGUCGCUCGGAUUACCAACUCGGUCACACCAAGGUCUUUCUCAAGGAUGCGCACGAUCUAUUUCUCGAACAAGAGCGCGAUCGUGUUCUCACGCGAAAAAUCUUGAUACUUCAGCGCAAUAUUCGGGGCUGGGUUUACAGAAGGCGGUUCCUGAGGAUGCGAGCGGCCGCGGUGAUCGUGCAGAAGUAUUGGCGCGGCUACGCGCAACGUCAGCGGUACAAGCGCAUGCGAAUCGGUUACAUGCGGCUGCAGGCGCUCAUCCGAUCGCGCGUGCUGUCGCACAGAUUCCGACAUCUGCGCGGCCACAUCGUCGCGCUGCAGGCGCGCGCUCGAGGCCAUCUGGUGCGCAAGAUGUAUCGGAAGAAGCUGUGGGCCAUUGUGAAGAUACAGGCGCACGUGAGACGGUUGAUCGCACAGAGACGAUACAAGAAGAUCAAGUACGAGUACCGGCUGCACAUCGAGGCGCUGCGACUUCGGAAGAAGGAGGAGCGCGAGUUGAAGGAUCAAGGCAACAAACGAGCCAAAGAAAUCGCCGAGCAAAACUACAGGGAACGUAUGCAAGAGCUGGAGCGGAAAGAGAUCGAAAUGGAGCUUGAAGACAGGCGACGAAUGGAGAUUAAGAAGAAUCUGAUCAACGAUGCGGCUAAGAAACAAGACGAGCCAGUAGACGAUAGCAAACUGGUCGAAGCCAUGUUCGAUUUUUUGCCAGAUUCAAGCAGCGAAGCGCCGACUCCGGCGAGAGAAACGUCCGUAUUUAAUGAUCUUCCAGCACCGAGAGCUGACCAGCAAGAGAUAAUCAGUCCGAUUCAGAUGGCCUCGGAAGACGAAGAGGACUUGUCCGAGUUUAAGUUCCAGAAAUUCGCGGCCACGUACUUCCAGGGCAACAUUACGCAUCAGUAUUCAAGGAAACCGUUGAAGCAUCCGCUGCUGCCAUUGCACACGCAGGGUGACCAGCUGGCCGCUCAGGCGCUGUGGAUCACCAUACUCCGAUUCACGGGCGAUUUGCCCGAGCCGCGGUUUCACACGAUGGAUCGAGACACGACUUCGGUUAUGUCGAAGGUGACGGCGACGCUCGGAAGAAACUUCAUCAGGAGUAAAGAGUUUCAGGAGGCUCAGAUGAUGGGCAUGGAUCCGGAAACGUUUCUCAAGCAGAAGCCGCGAUCCAUCAGACACAAACUGGUGUCGCUGACGUUGAAGCGAAAAAACAAACUGGGCGAGGACGUGCGUAGGAAACUGCAGGAGGACGAGUACACCGCCGACAGCUAUCAAUCCUGGCUGGAAGCCAGGCCUACUUCGAAUCUCGAGAAACUUCACUUUAUCAUCGGCCACGGUAUACUGCGCGCCGAACUGAGGGACGAGAUAUAUUGCCAGAUCUGCAAGCAGUUAACUAACAAUCCGUCCAAGUCGUCGCAUGCGCGCGGCUGGAUCCUGUUGUCCCUCUGCGUUGGCUGCUUCGCACCUUCCGAGAAAUUUGUCAACUAUCUGCGAGCCUUCAUCAGGGAGGGACCGCCCGGCUACGCGCCCUACUGCGAAGACAGACUGAAGAGAACCUUCAACAACGGUACGCGCAAUCAGCCGCCCAGCUGGCUGGAGCUUCAGGCCACCAAAUCGAAGAAGCCGAUUAUGUUACCGAUCACCUUCAUGGACGGCAACACGAAGACGUUGCUGGCCGAUUCCGCAACUACCGCCAGAGAACUGUGCAAUCAACUGUCCGACAAAAUCUCCUUGAGAGAUCAGUUCGGUUUUUCCCUGUACAUCGCUCUGUUUGAUAAAGUAUCGUCUCUGGGCAGCGGCGGUGAUCACGUGAUGGACGCGAUCUCCCAGUGCGAACAAUACGCGAAGGAGCAGGGUGCUCAGGAGCGAAACGCGCCGUGGAGGUUGUUCUUCAGAAAGGAGAUAUUCGCGCCGUGGCACGAGCCUACCGAGGAUCAAGUUGCGACGAAUCUGAUCUACCAGCAGGUAGUGCGCGGCGUCAAGUUCGGCGAAUAUCGUUGCGACAAGGAGGAAGAUCUAGCAAUGAUCGCGGCCCAGCAAUAUUACAUAGAAUACCACAUCGAUAUGAACGUCGACAGACUGUACACCCUCUUGCCGAAUUACAUACCGGAUUACUGUCUCACCGGGAUCGAAAAAGCGAUCGACCGUUGGGGACACCUCGUUUUGCAGGCGUACAAAAAAAGUUAUUACUUGAAGGAAAAGGUACCAGCGUUGCGCGUCAAAGAGGACAUAGUCGGCUACGCGAAGUUCAAGUGGCCGCUGUUGUUCUCGCGUUUCUACGAAGCUUACAGAAACUCCGGCCCGAACCUGCCCAAAAACGAUGUUAUCAUUGCCGUCAACUGGACCGGAGUGUACGUCGUCGACGAUCAAGAGCAAGUGCUCCUGGAGUUGUCCUUCCCUGAAAUUACCACCGUAUCUAGUCAAAAAACAAACAAGAUGUUCACGCAGACGUUCAGUUUGUCGACGGUGCGGGGAGAAGAAUUCACAUUCCAGAGUCCGAACGCGGAGGACAUACGCGACCUGGUGGUGUACUUCCUGGAAGGGUUGAAAAAGCGUAGCAAGUUCGUCAUAGCUCUGCAGGAUUAUAAAGCGCCGGGUGAGAGCUCGUCGUUCUUGAACUUUCAGAAAGGCGACCUCAUCGUCCUCGAGGACGAAAGCACCGGCGAGACGGUGCUCAAUUCAGGAUGGUGCGUCGGAACCUGUGACAGAACCGGCGAGAAAGGUGACUUUCCAGCGGAAACGGUUUAUGUGCUGCCUUCCUUGACGAAACCACCAAACGACAUAUUGGCCUUGUUCAGCAUAGAAGGCACGGAGAACAGUCGCAGACUCUAUCCCCAGCAAAUGAAUGGAGUGGAUUCGCGCGACAAACCUCACACCCUUCUGGAAUACGCAAUCGAUCAUUUCCGAACACCGCCGAAAAGAACGAUGUCCAAGACGCUGACGCUGACAUCAGCGCGACGUGGCCACACGGACGAGUUGUGGCAUCACUCGAGAGAACCGAUAAAACAGCCUCUUCUGAAGAAACUCGUAUCCAAGGAGGAGCUAGCCGAAGAAGCGUGCUUCGCCUUCAACGCCAUUCUAAAGUACAUGGGCGAUCUGCCGACAAAACGACCGCGCAUUGGCAACGAGUACACAGAUCUGAUCUUCGACGGGCCGUUGAAGAAUGAGAUUCUACGGGAUGAGAUUUACUGUCAGAUCAUGAAGCAGCUCACCGACAAUCGCAACAGACUGAGCGAGGAGCGAGGUUGGGAACUGAUGUGGCUCGCCACUGGAUUGUUCACCUGCAGCCAGAGUUUGUUAAAAGAGUUAACUUUGUUCCUGCGCACAAGACGUCAUCCCAUAUCUCAAGACUCCUUGCAAAGAUUGCAGAAAACUCUGCGCAACGGUCAACGAAAAUAUCCGCCGCAUCAAGUGGAGGUCGAAGCUAUCCAGCACAAAACCACGCAAAUAUUUCACAAAGUUUACUUCCCGGACGAUACGGACGAGGCAUUCGAAGUUGACUCAUCCACCAGGGCGAAAGACUUCUGCCAGAACAUAGCGCAGAGACUUAAUCUGCGAUCUGCCGAAGGUUUCAGUUUGUUUGUUAAGAUUGCCGAUAAAGUUAUCUCCGUGCCGGAGGGCGAUUUCUUCUUCGACUUCGUGCGACAUUUGACCGAUUGGAUCAGGAAAGCCAGACCGUCUCGAGACGGAGUGUCGCCGCAAUUUACGUAUCAAGUUUUCUUUAUGAAAAAGCUUUGGACGAACACGGUUCCCGGGAAGGAUAGAAAUGCCGAUCUGAUUUUCCACUUCCACCAGGAACUCCCCAAGUUGUUAAGAGGUUAUCACAAGUGCACGAAAGAAGAAGCGUCAAGAUUAGCAGCUCUGGUUUACAGAGUACGAUUCGGCGAGAGCAAACAGGAAUUGCAAGCAAUUCCACAAAUGUUGAGAGAGCUUAUACCAGGUGAUCUGAUCAAGAUACAGAGCGCCAACGAUUGGAAGAGAUCGAUAAUCGCGGCCUAUAAUCAAGAUGCUGGCAUGAGUCCAGAAGACGCGAAGAUCACCUUCUUGAAAAUCGUGUAUCGAUGGCCGACGUUUGGUUCCGCGUUCUUCGAGGUGAAACAGAGCACAGAACCAAACUACCCCGAAUUACUGUUGAUUGCUAUCAACAAACACGGCGUGAGCCUCAUACAUCCUCAAUCGAAGGACAUACUGGUCACACAUCCCUUCACAAGAAUCUCUAACUGGUCAUCCGGCAAUACCUACUUCCACAUGACAAUAGGAAACCUCGUGCGUGGCUCGAAACUCCUGUGCGAGACCUCGUUGGGUUACAAGAUGGACGACCUACUGACCUCCUACAUCUCGCUGAUGCUCACAAACAUGAACAAGCAACGCACAAUAAGAAUCAAAUAAACAGACAAUAAUUCCGAAACAUAGUCCAACGAUCGUUAUUGAACGCAAGUAUCCUUCAAGGUGCUAACAAAGAAAAAUAUUUGCUAUAAAAAAUAUUUUAAUGACUUUGUUUGUUGCACGUGAACUCGACGCAUAAAACAAAACAAAAAAAAAAAAAACGCGACUGUCUCUCUUAAUUGAAUUCACGUACUUGCAAAAAA